CUUACCACUAGCAUUGCAAAUUUGCAAGUAAAACCCACCCAAAUAUGAAAUAUCAACCCUUCCUUAAAUCCUCCCAUCCUAAUCCGAGUCCGACUCAUAUAUUUAUAUUUCUCUUCGAUUCUGUCUCCGCUUGCUUGCAACACCUUUUUGGCGUCUGAAACAAAAUUAAAAUUUAUUUAUCAACAGCAACAAAUAAUUAGAAUUCCCAAUUCACCAGACCAGCAAACCCUAAUUUCCUAAUCAGAAGAAAAAAAAUCCAAUUCAAUUCCACCACCAUGUCCCUCUGAUUCUCCCGGGCGACCCAUUUCUCUCCAAUAGGUAGCAGUUGAGAUUGAGAUUGAGAUUGAAGAAAUUGAAAUUGAGGCAGAGAUAGCAUAAUGGAGGGCAUACCGCACCCAAUACCUCGAACAGUGGAGGAAGUCUUCAGCGACUUCAGAGGCAGACGCGCCGGCUUGAUUAAGGCCCUCACCAAUGACGUUCAGAAAUUUUAUCAACUGUGCGAUCCUGAGAAGGAGAACUUGUGUCUAUAUGGACUACCAAAUGAGACAUGGGAAGUUAACCUGCCUGUUGAGGAGGUUCCUCCUGAACUUCCCGAGCCAGCAUUAGGUAUAAACUUUGCUAGGGAUGGGAUGCAGGAGAAGGACUGGUUGUCACUGGUUGCAGUUCACAGUGAUUCAUGGUUGCUUGCUGUUGCAUUCUAUUUUGGUGCACGCUUUGGUUUUGGUAAGAAUGAAAGGAAGAGGCUUUUUCAGAUGAUAAAUGAUCUCCCCACCAUAUUUGAAGUUGUGACAGGAAAUGCUAAGCAACCAAAAGACCAGUCUACUCCUCCCAACAACAGUAGCAAGAACAGAUCCGGUGGAAAGGUGUCUCGGCAGUCUGAGCCCCUGCAGAGCAAAGGAGUGAAAAUGUCUCCGCUGCCCAAAGAGGAGGAUGAAAGCGGGGAAGAAGAAGAAGAUGAUGAACAAGGUGCGACUUGCGGGGCAUGUGGAGACAAUUAUGGGGCUGAUGAGUUCUGGAUUUGCUGUGAUGUGUGCGAAAGAUGGUUCCAUGGAAAAUGUGUGAAAAUUACACCCGCAAAGGCUGAGCAUAUCAAGCAGUACAAGUGCCCAAGUUGCAGUAGCAAGAGGGCUAGAGUUUAAAUGUAGGUUCCGAAUGUGGAGAAGAAACACCAAUCAAAGAAAGCAGAUGAGGGUUUACAACUAUCAUUACAAUUUGGAGUAAAACAGAGUCAGUUGUCUAUCUUAGUUGAUGAAUUUGAAUGAUUGCAAAUGGGAUUCUUCUAAGUUUUGCUACUCCUUGCUAUUGUUCUGUCAAAUUUUCUCAGGAAUUUGUUUCUAAUAUGAAUAGUAAGCUAUAAAUA